GCCCAAGGAUCUGCGUCUAUUCCAUAUACUCGAUAGCUUUGGUGGCUAGAUGCGGCGUGCUUAGAAUCGUCCUAACGCUGUUUCGCCCGGAUAUGUUGCCGAAGAUGCGGUUCUGGAGGUCCUUGUGCUUACUACAGUGUAGGAGGAAGUGGGCGACGGUUUACUGUCUCUCUCCGCAACUGCAGCGGAGACCGGUAACGGUCGGGACAUGUCGACCGAAGGGGAAGUCAUUGAGGCCCAUCUUCUCGGUUCGCAGCUGCACCAGCAGCGCACCUUCUCAUUUGCUGAGCCUCUCGUGGAGCUGCAGCACUUUCUUGGUAGGCGUCGGCGUGUGUCUGUAUGUCGCGCGGCCUUUCUUGUUUUCUUUCUAUGCGCUGAUUUACGUUCUUUCUGCCCGUGUCUUACACCACCUUCUGAGCGUUGUUCUGAGUGGGUACAGCUGUGGGGGCAGGUUUACUGACAGCUAGCUGCGGCCGUC